UUCCUCACACAACACCAAUCACUCCCAAAAUUCAAGGCGCAAACAUGUCAUCUUCUUCUUUUCUGUGCUUAGCUUUCACCUUAAUAUUAAGCGGCUCUAUUGUAGUCGGCGUUCGGGGCAACGACUUCACCCGGGACUUCGACGUAGUGUGGGGCCGUGAGAACGCGAGGAUUCUCGACGGCGGCCGGCUCCUCGAGCUCUCGCUCGACCAGCGGUCGGGCUCGCGGAUCGAGUCCAAGAACCGGUUUCUGUUUGGGAGGGUCGAUCUGCAGAUCAAGCUCGUCGCGGGCGGCUCCGCCGGCACCAUCACCUCCUUCUAUAUAUGCUCUGGAGGAGCGACGCACGACGAGGUCGACUUCGAGUUCCUCGGCAAUGUUAGCGGAGAGCCUUACAUUCUUCACACCAAUAUAUUCAGCCAUGGGAAGGGAGGCAAGGAGCAGCAGUUCUACUUGUGGUUUGAUCCAACACAGGAUUUAUAA